AGACGGGGAUUAUCUCAGAUUUUUUUUAAAGUUAACUACUGGGUUAGGUUAACCCAACUUUAACCCUGGUUAAAAUUCAAAUUUGCUCUUUCUUAAUUGAAUGAUUAUCGAUUUGUGCAAAACCAAGACGUUUUCCUACGCAGAACCAAAUCAGAUUACAAUCAUUGUGCGGCUUCUUCUAACUAGAUUUCCGCCAGUCAGUAAAGACAUGAGCGCCACAAACCAAAGUUUAAAAAAGACACUCGUAAUUUUCCUCCUCUCGUUUCACUUAAUCCGCACGAAAUUUCUCGACGACAUUUGUGGCCACAUCAACGGCCAGCGGCUUUUCCUCGACCAUGGCGAAACGGGCACUUUGCAAGCCAACUACUCCAACAAUAUUUUCGACCGUUUUUACAAAAAUAAACCUGAAAAACGGUGCACUGUCGAACUUGUUUCAUGCCCAUCAUGCGUCAUAAAAAUCACCUUCACUUUUUUUAAUUUGAUUUGUGGCCGCUCGUUCGAUACUUGCGCCUGUGACCAUGUCUGGAUCUACGAACCCACGUUCGAACAGUCGUCCCAACAGUUCUGCAGGUCUUCAAACACUUCCAUGGUGUACCAAAGCCAGACGAGGCGAGCCAUGGUGGUGUUUUUGUACUCACAGAGGUACGAAAAUGCGUUCAGUUUGGACUACAUGUCAAACCGGAACAAAGUGGUACUGAACGGGAAUGGGACACAGAUGUUACAAAGCCCAUUUUUCCCCAACUUGUACCCAUCCGACCUGACCAUGGAAUACACCAUUGGGUGCAAGUCCGAAAACGACACUUGCAAGAUUAGUCUCGUUUUCACCGACUUUCUCAUAGCGCCACCUUCGAUCCUUGAUUUUUUUGACUCAUCAGGGGACCGUAUUUAUGUAACAACCGGAAAUAUUUUUCGCCCACCUGUUAUAACUUCCGGGUCUGCUCUUGUGAUAAGAUUUUACGCAAACGGGGCCACUAGUCCCGGUUUCAAGGCCUACUAUUCUUUUAUCAACGAUGUCACGAAUAUAGAUUGCGGGGGGCAAGUUAAUAAUCUUGGGGGCGGGAUUACCAUGAUGGACAUGGUACAAGAUGGGUUGAAGUCGUUUGAUUGCAUUUGGUUGGUCAAACCACCGGAGACGUACCUCCACAUGAAGACGCAUUUGUACGUCAAGGUGGUCAAUUUUUCGGGUUUUGCGGGAAGUACCGAACUGACGAUUCGGCAAGGUUUGACCUCGAACGGCCCAGUGGUCGAGAAUCUUAAACUGUCUUUACCUUUAUUCUACACCCAAAAAAAGCGCGAACAUAUUGUGCCAAUAUCUCAAGGGUUUUACAUUCGGCUUAAGGGUUUUUUCAGCCCUCAGUCCCGUCUAGCUAUAGUUUACGCUGCUUUCAAUUACAAAGAUUGUCUCUCGGGUUCUGAUUUCCUCUGUCACAAUAAAAGAUGCGUCUCUUCUCUGCUUAACUGUGACGGUUUUGACCACUGUGGUGACAACAGUGACGAAUCCUCCAUCAGUUGCUCCAAAGACCCCAAUGACCGACGCCAAUGGUCCCAAACCCCCCAUUUCCUCUUCCCCAAAGUGUCCACUUUGUCCGACUUUGCCACCUCAACUCUAGUCUUUCUCUUAUGCAGUUUUGGCUUGAUGGGUUUUAUUUUCGCAAUGGUGGUACUCCUCUACCGCAUAAAUAUCAAAUCGCGUCACCAGAGACAAAUCCAAGACCAUAUCGAGACAAUUAAUGCAAUUCUGGAGGAAGGGGUUGUUGAAAUUGAGGAGGAGAUUAUAAUCCCGGACGAUCCUCCGGAUUAUGAGGCACCGCCUGAUUACGACCAGGUGGUUAAGUGUUUUGUUUCGAAGAGGUGUUCCAAGUGUCGGGUUAAAAUCCCGGAGUCGCCACCACCGGCCUAUAAUCAAGGGCCUUCGACGUCACGAGUUUUGCACUUUUUUGCAAACCGAAAGUGUUAUAGAGGCAGGAGAGUCAGGUUUUUGUCCGACUCUGAGUGCGAUCAAAAAAAGUCGAGGGGCUUUCUGAGGAAGAGUUUUACAGCUGACGAUAUGACUCUGUUUAUUUAAUUUUGAAGCAAAUAGUAUAUGAUUAUAUUCUCUAAUAAAAUGUG